ACCCUAAAGCCAAUUCCAUUUCGAUUCUCAAAUCGCGACAUACCCUCCCGAUUCGCUGCGACCCCGACAACUGAGAUUUUCCGCCGAGUCCGCCCACCCGACGACGCCGACGACUGAGGCAAUUCAGUCUUUUAAUCAGAAAAUAGUUCAAAAUAAGAUUUUGGGUUGUUUUGGAUCAAUUGGCCAAACAAUCCGCUUCGGGAGCUCUUGUUGGCAAGUAAAACCCUAGAGGGAUUCCAAUAAUUAAAUAAAUUGGAGGAGAAUCACAGAAACAACGUCACAUCGAUUAAAGAUCACUUGAUCCUGUAACUUGAAUCGCAUAUAGAUAGGUUUAGCCCUUAGAAGAAAAUGAGCAUGUUUAAUGCUGCAACGACAUUCUGCAAGCGAUUGAAUGUUAAAGAGUUGGUUACCAGUGCUCCGGUGUAUGGCAAUCUUGCUGAUGGAUCUGCUGGCGGAUUGAGUUUGAUGUUUAGGCGUUGGGCUACCAAAAGGACGGCUGGAUCCACAAAGAAUGGACGAGACUCAAAACCCAAGAAUCUUGGGGUGAAGAAAUUUGGUGGUGAGAGAGUGAUACCUGGAAACAUUAUAGUUAGACAAAGAGGAACUCGUUUUCAUCCCGGAGACUAUGUUGGAAUGGGGAAGGAUCACACCCUCUAUGCCCUCAAGGAAGGACGCGUCAAAUUUGAGACACACAAGCCGAGUGGCCGCAAGUGGGUGCAUGUUGAACCCAAGGACGGACAUGUCCUUCACCCUGUAUAUGCAAGCUGUUCUACACCACAACUGGAGACUGCCACUUAAAGCCGCUAUGUUGUAGCUGAUUCAAUCAAGUUAGGUGUUUAUUGUUCCCUUUUUGGACUUAGAUUUAGGUGAGAUUAGGAAUUGAGGACAAAAAUUGAAAUAACCAUGGGUCUUUUGACAAUAGAUACUGUUACUCAUUACAAGAA